ACUGGCCUCCCCAUGGACCAGGAGGCGGCGAGACCCCCCUAGUAGCGGCACCGGCAACGGCUGGACUUAGUGCCCAGCGCCACCCGCCCCUCAUCCCGCCGCGUCCGUACCCGGCGGCGGCCUGGGGCCUGAGCAGCUGCCCGCACGCACCUUAUAGCCAUCAUGGCAACAUCAUCUGAGGAAGUGUUACUGAUAGUAAAGAAAGUACGUCAAAAGAAACAGGAUGGGGCUCUCUACCUUAUGGCUGAAAGGAUAGCAUGGGCACCUGAAGGCAAAGAUCGAUUCACAGUCAGCCAUAUGUAUGCAGAUAUAAAAUGCCAGAAAAUCAGUCCUGAAGGAAAGGCUAAAAUUCAGCUACAGCUGGUACUGCAUGCAGGGGACACAACCAACUUCCACUUCUCUAAUGAAAGCACAGCAGUGAAGGAGCGAGAUGCAGUGAAGGACCUUCUUCAGCAACUGUUACCCAAAUUCAAGAGGAAAGCAAAUAAAGAACUUGAGGAAAAGAACAGAAUGCUGCAAGAAGAUCCUGUUUUGUUUCAGCUUUAUAAAGACCUCGUUGUGAGCCAAGUAAUUAGUGCCGAAGAAUUCUGGGCCAACCGUUUAAGCUUGAACUCUGUGGAUAAUUCUGUGGCACCUAGUAAGCAGGAUGUGGGCAUCUCUGCAGCUUUUCUGGCUGAUGUUCGGCCUCAAACUGAUGGCUGCAAUGGUCUGAGGUAUAACUUAACUUCAGAUAUUAUUGAAUCCAUAUUCAGGACGUAUCCUGCAGUAAAAGUGAAAUAUGCAGAAAAUGUUCCACAUAAUAUGACAGAAAAAGAAUUCUGGACACGAUUUUUUCAGUCUCACUACUUCCAUCGAGAUAGGCUGAAUACAGGCUCAAAAGACCUCUUUGCUGAAUGUGCCAAAAUGGAUGAAAAAGGAUUAAAAACAAUGGUAUCUCAAGGGGUGAAAAAUCCACUGCUAGAUUUAACUGCCUUGGAGGAUAAAUCGUUAGAUGAGGGUUAUGGUGUUUCCUCUGUGCCAUCCACAUCAAACUCCUCAAAGUCCUUAAAGGAGAGUAGCAAUGCUGCCAUUAUAAAACGCUUUAAUCAUCACAGUGCCAUGGUCCUUGCAGCUGGGCUCAGAAAACAAGAAGCACAAAAUGAUCACUACAGUGAGACCAGCAGUAUGGAUGGAAACUCCAGGGAUUCAGAUUUCUUUCAGCCACCAAUAAAAAAGGUGAAGCUACAGGAGGCUAUUGAAUAUGAAGAUUUAGGAAAGAAUAAUAGCAUUAAAACUAUUGCACUAAACCUAAAGAAAUCUGAUCGGUAUUAUCAUGGUCCAACUCCAAUUCAAUCACAGCAAUAUGCAACCAGUCAGGAUAUUAUUAAUUCUUUUCAUAGUAUUAGAGAAGAAAUGGAAGCCUAUGUACCCAGACUAACUCAGGUUCUUUCCAGUGGUGCUGCUACUAGCAGCCUCACAGCCCUGUCACCUGGAGGAGCACUUAUGCAGGGUGGGACACAGCAAGCCAUAAACCAGAUGGUGCCAAAUGAUGUUCAGUCUGAACUGAAACACUUGUAUGUGGCACUUGGGGAGCUACUGCGACACUUCUGGUCCUGCUUUCCUGUUAAUACACCAUUCCUAGAAGAAAAGGUUAUGAAAAUGAAGAAUAACUUGGAAAGAUUUCAAGUUACAAAGCUCUGUCCAUUCCAAGAAAAAAUUCGGAGACAGUAUUUAAGCACAAAUUUGAUAAAUCAUAUAGAAGAGAUGUUGCAGACAGCCUACAAUAAGUUCCACACAUGGCAGUCCCGACGUAUGCUGAAGAAAACGUGAAAACUCCUGCUAUAAAGGUUGGAGAGGGAAAUCUGCAAUAGCUGUAGGAACACAACCUGGCAAAUGUGCAGUUCUUAGAUAUUGCAGAAACAUCUGCAAUCUGUGGAUUCCUGGAAAUGGUCCUAACUGAACUUGCACAUUUUUUUGGAAAAGGACCUGUGAUUAAACUUGAAACUAGGGAAAAAAUUAAGGAAGAACCAAAACAGACGAGCCGAGAGGCAAAAAAAAACAAAAACAAAACAUGUUUAAGAUGCUGUUUACUGCAGUUACUCAGGAACUGCUUUUGAUUUGCGUAAAGAGCUGCUUUCAGAAAUAAACUUUAAAAAGGGUGUAUUAAUAAAAUCUGAAACUGUUUGUCUAAUUUUUUUUAAAUGUGUAUGGCACAGGGUAGAAGUUAACAUUUUUCUUCACUGAAUUCUGGCAUUUUAUUGAAUUCUGUUUGUACUUAUUGAAACAGGUUAACAAUGACAUUUUAAAUAUAGCUGAGACUGUUUUUGCUUCAAACAUCUGACAAGAUUAGCUGUCAGAAGACAAGCUUCAGCCAUAUGUUUCCUCACAAACUGGAAGCAACAGAAAUUGCACUGAAAGCUGUUUAUGGUUUGGAGUCCCUAAAGGCACGAGUGGGGGAGGACACACUUUUGCCUCAUGUCUUGGAUUUUUAUGCAGAAUAUUUUCAGCCAUCAAGUUUGCAUGUUUUCCUUUGAAUGCAAGGGUUGCUAUUGCAAUUUUUUUUAAGGUGGCAUCUGUUUUGAGAAGGAGAGAAUGCAUUUUCUAAAAUAAAGUUUCUUACUAAAGA